GUGCCUCUCCCACACUCCUCCACUAUCACUGCACGUGCACCGAAAGCUAGAAAGAGGCAAAAAUUUUGUGGAAACACCGUUGCCAGCCGGGAUUUCCAACGGGCGGGGCUUGUUGGUCGCAGAUUGUGUUUCGCCUGGCGGGAAGGUGUGACGGGAAGUGUGCGACUCUUUGGAAAUCGUAUCCAUGACUGAAACACAGCAAGGCUUAUUCGAUGUGACCGAAUGAAACACAGCAAGGCCAAAGCUCAUUGAAGCAAGCACGAACGGAACACCGUAACUCAUCCUAAUCUGAUGCCACCGGUAUCUUUCUCAUAUAUUUGUUUUCGUGCCCUCCACCCUCUCAAGAGUCCAACCCCACCCAAAGUCCACUCUAACCACAUACAGUACCGUAGUAACCCACUUACAGCACCUUUCUAUCUGAAGAUCCACUCCCAACACAAGCUUCCAAGUCAAAGUAAGUAUCUUUCUACCGUAAUAGAAAAAAGACCAUGAUGAACGUUUUCUUCCUGAUGGUGGCAAGCCUUGCUUUUGGCGCUCCAUCUGCUUCUGCUACUAGUAGGAGUGGUGGAAAGCUCAAUGUCAAGGCAGCAGCGACAUUUCAUCGGAAUGUGAAUGAAGCCAUUGCAACCUUUCCAAAGCAGCAUCCCGAAAACUCCAUUACUUCCACAAAGGAACAGAACAAUGGUGGAAAGCCCUCUUCCAACAACAACAACAACAACAACAACAACAACAACAAUGGUCAUCAUCUCCGCCGCCAUUUGGCUGGCAUGGACCAAGAUGAAACUUGCGAGGACAACUUGGUUUCUUGCCUGGACACACUCUCCACGUGCGGCGGCGGUGAUGGAGGAGGUGAUGCUCCCAGCUACCUCUUUACUCAAAUGGCCAAUUCUUGUACGCUUCAUAAACUGGAUGAUGGUUAUGAAUUGAGGACCGAUGAUAUGGAUGAUGACACCUACCAAUUCAGUGAUCGUCCCUUCAAGAUUGAGGAUACCAUCCCUACCUCACAGUUCUUUGACAGUUUCGAUGAAUUUUUUGCAAGCGGCCCACCCAAUGCUGCCUUUACGUUUGUUCACUCUGAUCUGGACCAGUUUGAAGGCCCCUUGGUGGCUGUACAGGUGGAUGCCAUGUACACCUUUGCUACAGAUGAUGACAAAAGCCAAGUCACCUAUACCUAUGUGCUGGAACAAAGUGACUCUCAGGCUGAUGUGGUUGCUCUGGAAGAUUUUUUCAAUGAUGGAAGUGACAUGAUUACAUUUGAAGAUUGCUCCAUUUUCAUUGAUUCCUCGUCUUCCUGUAAUCCCACAGCAGGAUACGAGUACUGUCCUUCCCAGGGCUGUGUCCGACCAUGGGAUCCCAGUGUGACUGAGGAAUGUUGCAACAGUCUGGAAGGAUACGCCUAUGCACUUGGUUGUACCAUUACCAGCACAACCGGAUGCUGCAACUCUCAUACAGAGCCACCCACAUUGUCUCCCACUCCAUCCUGUGUUUCGGAUGGUGGCUACCAGUAUUGUGCCGCCCAGGGUUGUGUUCGACCUUGGGAUUCCACUGUGACUACAGAAUGCUGCGACCAACUGGAAGGAUACCAAUAUGCGUUUGGUUGCACCCCCACAGACACUGAAUCGUGCUGCAAACCUAGUGGAAGCGAUCCACCAUCACCUGCUCCCACUCCAACUUGUUCUUCUGGUUACGAGUACUGUGCUGAUCAGGGCUGCGUCCAGCCAUUGGACUCCGAUGUCUCCCUUGUGUGCUGCGACCAACUUGGAUACUUUUAUUUGAUUGGCUGUACCCCCACCAGCACAAAAGGAUGCUGCUCGGGUUCGCCCGAGUAGUUAGAUGGUGCUAUCUGCCUUCCCUGGCGACUGGCUGUUGUGAUGUUCUCGAGUAGAUACUCAUGGCAUGGUUGAUGAAUAGCUCCAGGACAGCAGAGAUGACAUGAUGGUAGGAUGUGCUGGCUAGCCUAGACGAUAAAGAAAUGCAAUAGUCUAGAGAUGAUUCUGCUU